AUGGUAUCAAAAGAUGACCCGGAGCUCCUCCAGAGUGACACCAUUUUGCAAUCACCGAAACACUCGAGUGUGCACAAAGAAGAAGCGUGGGAGACUGAAACCGAGCAGGACCCGGCAACAACCAACGGCGCGGGAGGAAAAGACAAGCGAUUGGGUCCACUACUCUCCCUGGCCAAGGAUUCGAUCGACCCAUCGAAGCAAUCUACCUGGGCGGCCACAUGGUUGGCCCCUCCCCCGGUUAUCAGGCGCACCACCGUUCCUGAUCAUGUCCCUUUAACUGGAGCAUCCACGCAAUUCCGUCACCAGCCCGAGAUUAGGCCAAUGAAACUCACUAUUAGGGGUGAUCCAACCGUGGACGUAGCAAAGGCCGAGCGGGUCGACCCCGAAAAUGAUUGUCUCGCGCACGCUGGAUCGCCCGCCGGCCUUCAAAUAAAUCCUGAGCUCCUGCCCUGCGCCCCGGAGCUGAACCUGAUCUCCCUCCCUCCUGCGAAUUAG